AUGGCAGCAGCGAUUCUCUCUUCUUCUUCAUCUUCUUUGUGUAGAGUUCAAGCGACAGUGUUGAAGGAAAAUGAAGAGAAGAAAGUUGUUGUUGAGGAAUCUUUUAAACCCAAGACUUCCACUCACGAGCCGGAGGCCUCACCACAGCCUUCAGCUCCUACUGAAUUAGAGACAUGGGUUAUCAAGCUCGAACAAUCUGUCAAUGUCUUUCUCACUGAUUCGGUGAUAAAGAUUCUUGAUACAUUGUACCAUGACCGCGAUUAUGCUAGGUUCUAUGUUUUGGAAACUAUUGCUAGAGUUCCUUAUUUUGCCUUUAUGUCUGUUCUUCACAUGUAUGAGAGUUUUGGUUGGUGGAGAAGAGCUGAUUAUCUCAAAGUGCAUUUUGCUGAGAGCUGGAAUGAAAUGCAUCACUUGCUUAUCAUGGAAGAAUUGGGUGGUAAUUCUUGGUGGUUUGACCGCUUUCUUGCUCAGCAUAUAGCAAUCUUUUAUUACAUCAUGACAGUCUUAAUGUAUGCAUUAAGCCCAAGAAUGGCAUAUCACUUCUCCGAAUGUGUUGAGAGUCAUGCAUUUGAAACUUAUGACAAAUUUAUCAAGGCACGAGGAGAGGAUUUGAAAAAAAUGCCUGCAUCCGAGGUUGCUGUGAAAUAUUACACUGGGGGUGAUUUGUACUUGUUUGAUGAAUUUCAAACUUCCAGAGCUCCCAAUUCUCGUAGGCCAAAAAUCGAGAAUUUGUAUGAUGUAUUUCUGAACAUCAGAGACGAUGAGGCUGAACAUUGUAAGACCAUGAAGGCCUGCCAAACUCAUGGAAAUCUCCGCUCUCCACAUUCAUAUCCAGAGGAUGCUUUGGAAGACGAUACUGGCUGUGAGCUUCCUCAAGCAGAUUGUGAAGGUGUUGUUGAUUGUUUAAAGAAAUCUGCGGCUUAUCUUACUACUGUGUCAAAGGAGAAGAACCAAGUGGAAUUAUUGAGGUGUGAUGAUUUUAAAAUCGUUGAAGAGAUUGAAAGACACAAAUAUGGGAGGAGAGAGCUCACUGGGGGCACUAGUCCCCACCGUGAAUUCAGAGGCAACAACCUCCAAAAUGCCACCACCAACGGAGGAACAGGGUUGUCAGUUAAGGAGCUAGAUGGCCUUUUGAUCCUCCUUGCAGAGAAGAAGAGAAAGAUGGAGCAAGAAGAAGCAGAGACAAAUAUGCGGGUUUUACUUGACUUCUUGUACUGCCUCAGGAAGCAAAAGCUUGAUGAGCUCAAUGAGAUUGAAACAGAUCUGCAGUACAUUAAGGAAGACAUAAAUGCUGUAGAGAGGCAAAGAAUAGAGUUAUGCAGGGCAAAGGACAGAUGCUCACUAAAACUUAGUAUGUUUGCUGACGAUCUGAAUUCUCAGUUUGUUACUCAAUCAGGACCAAAUGCAUCUAAAAAGAAAUGGGUCCAUGAACAGUUCAAUUGCUUGCAAGAAUGUUACUUGCAAAAGCGGCGAAAUUGGGUUAGAAAAGCAUUUAAAGAGGAAGAAAGGGAUACAGAUAUUAUGAACAGAGAAGGAUAUAAUCCAGGUCUUGAGGAUUUCCAAUCUGUGCUAACCAAUUUCACUCGAUACAGUCGAUUGAGGGUCGUUGCUGAACUGAGACAUGGUGACCUUUUCCACUCUGCUAAUAUUGUGUCUAGUAUAGAAUUUGAUCGUGAUGAUGAACUUUUUGCUACUGCUGGGGUUUCUAGGCGCAUUAAGAUUUUUGAGUUUUCCUCGGUGAUGAAUGAACCGGAAGAUGUGUACUGUCCUCUUGUGGAAAUGUCCACGCGAUCCAAACUUAGUUGCUUAAGUUGGAACAAGUAUGCAAAAAAUCAUAUUGCCAGCAGUGAUUAUGAGGGGAUAGUAACUGUUUGGGAUGUAGCUACUCGCCAGAGCAUAAUGGAAUACGAGGAGCAUGAAAAACGAGCUUGGAGCGUUGAUUUUUCACAGACCGAACCUUCAAUGCUUGUAUCUGGCAGCGAUGACUGCAAGGUCAAAAUUUGGUGCACAAAGCAAGAAGCAAGUGUUCUCAACAUUGAUAUGAAAGCAAAUAUUUGUUCUGUCAAGUAUAAUCCUGGAUCCAGCUUUCAUGUCGCGGUGGGAUCUGCUGAUCAUCAUGUUCACUACUAUGACUUGAGAAACAUUAGCCAACCACUUUAUGUGUUUAACGGGCAUCGGAAAGCUGUUUCAUACGUGAAAUUUCUGUCUAGUCAUGAACUGGCUUCAGCAUCGACUGAUAGCACAUUGCGCUUAUGGGAUGUAAAGGAAAAUUUGGCAUUGCGGACGUUUAGAGGCCAUACAAACGAGAAGAAUUUUGUAGGUCUCACAGUGACUAGUGAAUACAUUGCUUGCGGCAGCGAAACAAAUGAAGUGUUGGUGUAUCACAAGGCUAUCUCUAAACCUGCAGCUUGGCACAGAUUUAGUACGGAUCUGGAGAAUGGUGAGGAUGAUGCUGGAUCAUAUUUCAUUAGCGCUGUGUGUUGGAAGAGUGAUAGCCUUACAAUGCUAACUGCAAAUAGUCAAGGAACCAUUAAAGUGCUUGUUCUUGCUGCUUGA